AUGCCGAGUAAUUCGAGCAAUCCUAACGUUGACCGUAGUCUUAAUUAUAUUAUUCUUUUCCGUCUUGUUGUUUGGGGACAUGCUUGCUUGGCAUUAAGUUUAUUUGGUAUCGUCGGAAAUAUUAUAACGAUAAUUGUGCUAAUGUCACCAUCAUUACGUAUAAUAUCAACAAAUAUGUAUUUAAUUGCAUUAUCAUGUUCAAAUAUUCUUUUUCUUCUUAUAUUUAUCCCGUCCUAUCCUGUAAGAUAUUUACUAGGUUAUAGCGCAUACAUAACAAAACAACCUGUAUUGACAGUGGAAAUUCUUCUCACACGUUUACCAACUACGGUCGUAUAUAAUACAAUACUCUGA